GUGGGUCUGCAGGGCAGUCGGGAGUCGGCAUGGCGGCCCCCUUGGCCGGGAAAAAGAUCGUGUUUGUCACGGGGAACGCCAAGAAGCUGGAGGAGGUCAUUCAGAUUCUGGGAGAUAAGUUUCCAUGCACUUUGGUGGCACAGAAAAUUGACCUGCCGGAGUACCAGGGAGAGCCUGAUGAGAUUUCCAUACAGAAGUGUCGGGAGGCAGCUCGCCAGGUACAGGGGCCUGUACUGGUGGAGGACACCUGUCUGUGCUUCAACGCCCUCGGGGGCCUCCCUGGCCCCUACAUAAAGUGGUUUCUGGAGAAGUUAAAGCCUGAAGGUCUCUACCAGCUCCUGGCUGGGUUCGAGGACAAGUCUGCCUACGCGCUCUGCACGUUCGCACUCAGCACCGGGGACCCCAGCGAGCCGGUGCGCCUGUUCAGGGGCCGGACCUUGGGCCAGAUCGUGGCGCCCCGAGGCUGCCGAGACUUUGGCUGGGAUCCUUGCUUUCAGCCUGAUGGAUAUGAGCAGACGUAUGCAGAGAUGCCCAAAGCAGAGAAGAAUGCCAUCUCCCAUCGCUUCCGGGCCUUGCUUGAGCUGCAGAAGUACUUCGGCGGCCUCGCUCCCCCGGUAGUUGGUGGUGAUCGCCCCGACCGGGGAGCUGGGGAAGGCUAGCCUGCCACCUCCAUCAUCAGACAGGCAGCCCUCCAAGUACUGCCGUGUGGAUCACCGCUUCCUGGGGGGGCGGGUUGAGACAGCCUCACCAGCCCUGGAGGAGCAGCUGGCUCUGUUGGGAGAAACUUGGGGCCCUGGGGGAUUCAGUGGGCCCUCCUACAGCCUCCUGGCCUGGGAUCCUGAAAGGACUUGGGAUGUUAAACUGGCCGCAGCAGGCCCGAGGGUUCAGGAAGAACCCCAUAAAUCGCCCUCGACGUUUUUAAAGUGGUAGAAAUAAAAAUACUGGGAGGCACUUGCCUCCAGAAUAAACUGGAUGUAUCAGCUUUGAAACCUGCCCCAGGCAGUUGUGUGUUUCCUGAAUCUCUUUGGGCAGGAGCAGGAAACCU